AUUUGUGAUGCCAUCACAACCCCAUCACGCUGCUUCUUCGUUUUGUUUCAAUCUCCCUCUGCUGACGCUGCAAAGGAACAAUGUCUGAGAGAAUCACAGCUGAGAACCUUCUUAACAGCCUUGUGGACACAUUUGCUGAGAAGCAAAAAUCAGUACCAUUCAUUGAGGAAGAGAAGUUAAAUUCAGUCAGCUCCCAGAUAAACAGACUGUUUGGACGCCAGAAACCGGUGCACCAUCUUUUAGGGGGUGGAAAAUCUGCGGAUGUCUUGUUAUGGAGGAACAAGAAGAUUUCUGCUAGUGUUUUAACUAGUGCAACAACUGCAUGGGUGCUUUUCGAAUGGCUUAACUAUCAUCUUCUUACUCUUUUAUGCUUUGUUUUGGUUCUUGGCAUGCUUGCACAGUUUCUAUGGACAAAUGCUUCUGGCUUAUUUAACAGUACACCGUCUAAAGUGCCCCGUCUUGUUGUCCCAGAAGAAUUCUUUGUGAAUAUUGCAACUGUAGUUGGUAACGAGGUUAACAGCCGUUUGAGGUUUCUUCAAGAUGUUGCUUGUGGAAGAAACUUGAAGCAAUUUCUUAUUGUGGUAGGAAGUUUGUGUGCUGCUGCUGUGAUUGGGAGCUGGUGCAAUUUUUUGACUGUCAUCUAUACUGGUUUUGUAGGUGCACAUACACUCCCAGUUCUCUAUGAAAGGUAUGAGGAUGAAAUUGAAAACUUCGUGUACAUGGUCCUUGAUCAGUUACAAAAUCACUAUAGAAAACUGGAUGCUAGUGUGCUCAGCAAAAUCCCCAAGGGAAAGCUCAAAGGAAAGAAGCAUGAUUAGGUUUAUCCUUAUGUAAACUAAUUUGACACUCUAUGCUCAUCUCUCACUCAUGAUGGCAAAAUAUUUCUGCCAUAAGGAUAAAAUUACAUUUAUUGUUGUUGUUUCUGCUGUUCCUUUUUCUA